UUGGUCUUCUCCACAUCUCCACUGCCACCUUCUCCACUUCCUCUCUCUCUCUCUCAACUGAGAUUAACACAUCUUAACUACUUAACACCUGCAAAACAAAAAAAAACAACACAACCUUUGUAAGCUCAGAAAAAUGUAUUCUGAGUACUCUCAACUCUUCAUUCCUUCAACUGCUGUCCUAAACUAUGAACUACUUCUAUUCUUUUUCAUCUUUCUAGCUGUUUUUGCCUUUUGGCUUACCCCUGGUGGACUUGCUUGGUCUUUCUCUAAAGCCCGUGUUUCCAUUCCUGGUCCUUCAGGUUUACCUGUUCUUGGUUUGGUCUUGUCUUUCACUAGUUCGCUAACACAUAGGAUGUUAGCAAAGGUUUCUAAAGCCUUAAAAGCUGAAUCUUUAAUGGCUUUUUCAGUUGGUUUUACUCGUUUUACUAUUUCUAGUCAUCCUGAGACUGCUAAGGAAAUAUUAAACAGUUCAGCUUUUGCUGAUAGACCAGUGAAAGAGUCUGCUUAUGAGCUUUUGUUUCAUAGAGCGAUGGGUUUUGCGCCUUAUGGUGAGUAUUGGAGGAAUUUGAGGAGGAUUUCUGCUACCCAUUUGUUUAGUCCUAAAAGAAUAGCGUGUUUUGGUGAGUUUAGAAGAGAGAUAGGUAGUAAAAUGGCGAGUGAUAUUACCAGUUUGAUGGAGAAAGAUGGAAGUGUUAAGGUGAAAAGGGUUUUGCAUUUUGGGUCAUUGAAUAAUGUGAUGAGGACUGUUUUUGGGAAAAGUUAUGAUUUUGAAGGAGAAGAUGGGCGGGAGUUGGAGUAUUUGGUUAGUGUAGGGUAUGAGUUGUUGGGUAUAUUUAACUGGAGUGACCAUUUUCCUUUGUUGGGGUGGUUAGAUUUGCAAGGUGUUAGACGAAGAUGUAAAGAAUUGGUGGCGAGAGUGAAUAUAUUUGUUGGAAAGAUCAUUGAGGAACACAGGUUUAAGAGGGUUAAUAAUGCUGGAAAUACUGAAGAUGAAGGUUUUCGUGACUUCGUUGAUGUUUUGCUCGAUUUGGGGAAGGAAAAUAAACUCAGUGAUUCAGACAUGAUAGCUGUUCUUUGGGAAAUGAUAUUCAGGGGGACUGAUACUGUGACCAUCUUACUAGAAUGGAUUCUUGCCAGGAUGGUUCUGCAUCCAGAUAUUCAAGCCAAAGUUCAAUGUGAAAUAGACACUGUGGUUGGAACUGAUAGAGCUGUAUGUGAUUCAGACUUGCCUAAUCUGCCAUAUCUUCAUGCCAUAGUGAAAGAGACUCUCAGAAUGCACCCACCUGGUCCCUUACUUUCAUGGGCUAGGCUUGCAAUUCAUGAUACUAACGUUGGUCAGCACUUAGUCCCAGCUGGAACAACGGCUAUGGUGAACAUGUGGGCUAUUACUCAUGAUGAAAAAAUUUGGUCUCAACCCGAAGAGUUUAUGCCCGAAAGGUUCUUGGAACAAGAUGUAUCGAUCAUGGGUUCUGAUCUUAGGCUCGCUCCGUUUGGUUCGGGUAGGAGGGUGUGCCCUGGCAAGGCAAUGGGACUUGCUACUGUUCAGCUUUGGUUAGCUCAGUUGCUUCAACGAUUCAAAUGGUGUCCUUCUGAUAAUGGUGUGGACUUGUCAGAGUGCCUGAAAUUGUCGAUGGAAAUGACACAACCUUUGGUUUGCAAGGCUGUUUCUAGGGUUGGUUGAAAGGUUUUUGUUUGGUUGGUUUUUGAUGAUUUGGGUCUUGCUUGAUCUUAUUAGCCUUAAAUUUUUGGACCUUUUAAACGGAGAGAUCAGACUUGUUUAUAAGUUAUGCUAAUAGCAGUAGUACUAUUAAGUUGUCUUAGCUAGGGAAGAUAGGCUAACCAAUGGUACCGUUCACUUGGUCCUUUAUGCUAGGGAUUUGUUUGUUGGCUUUGGUGUUUUUCAACAUGCACUGUACACAGCUUCAUUUCUACAUAGCCAAAGCAAUAUAAUUUCUAUGUUUCUCUAAAUUAAA